CCGCCCUCCCUUCCUCGCCUGACGGCUGCGAAAGGCCUCCCCUUCCUCCCUUCGUUCCUUCCUUCCUCCCUCCCUCCCUUCCUUUCCUACCUCCUUCCCUCUCUCUCUGUCUCUCUCUUUUUCUCCCUCAAUGUUUAUUUAUUUCCUUUCUUUGCAGCAGCCGCAAGUGAGGUCAAACGACAGUGACAUUGUGAACCUGCCGUGCGAUAACUGGGCUAUUCUUCUGCCUGGGCCAAUGCUAGAUCUGGAAGUGGUUCCCGAGCGGUCUCUUGGGAAUGAACAAUGGGAAUUCACCUUGGGAAUGCCGUUGGCUCAGGCUGUAGCAAUUCUUCAGAAACACUGUCGUAUCAUCAAAAAUGUGCAGGUUCUCUACAGUGAGCAGUCUCCUCUUAGCCAUGACCUCAUCCUUAACCUGACUCAGGACGGAAUCAAACUGCUGUUUGAUGCUUUCAAUCAAAGACUUAAGGUGAUUGAAGUCUAUGACUUGACUAAAGUGAAGUUAAAAUAUUGUGGUGUUCAUUUUAACUCUCAGGCAAUUGCUCCAACUAUAGAACAAAUUGAUCAGUCUUUUGGAGCCACUCAUCCCGGAGUGUACAACUCUGCGGAGCAACUUUUCCACCUCAACUUUAGAGGACUGUCUUUUUCCUUUCAGUUGGACUCCUGGACUGAAACUCCAAAGUAUGAGCCAAACUUUGCCCAUGGCCUCGCUUCUCUGCAAAUCCCCCAUGGGGCAACUGUGAAACGCAUGUACAUAUACAGCGGAAAUAGCCUACAGGAUACGAAGGCUCCUCCGAUGCCUCUGAGCUGUUUCCUUGGAAAUGUGUAUGCAGAGAGCGUUGACGUUCUGAGAGAUGGAGCUGGGCCCUCAGGUUUACGGCUCCGCUUACUCACUGCAGGAUGUGGACCUGGCGUAUUAGCGGAUGCCAAGAUGCGGGUAUUUGAGCGCUGCGUGUAUUUCGGUGAUUCGUGCCAAGAUGUGCUGAGCACCUUGGGAUCGCCUCACAAAGUUUUCUACAAGUCAGAAGAUAAGAUGAAAAUCCAUUCGCCUUCUCCUCAUAAGCAAGUACCUUCAAAGUGCAAUGACUACUUUUUCAACUACUUCACGCUUGGAGUGGAUAUCCUUUUUGAUGCAAAUACCCACAAAGUGAAGAAGUUUGUUCUGCAUACGAAUUACCCAGGUCAUUAUAACUUCAACAUUUAUCACCGCUGUGAAUUCAAGAUCCCACUAGCAAUUAAGCGAGAAAGUACUGACUCGCAGAUGGAAACCUGCACAACGUACAGCAAGUGGGACAGUAUUCAGGACCUUCUUGGACAUCCAGUAGAGAAGCCAGUAGUACUUCACAGGUCAUCCUCUCCAAACAAUACAAACCCAUUUGGAUCCACAUUUUGUUUUGGACUGCAGCGAAUGAUCUUUGAGGUGAUGCAGAACAAUCACAUUGCGUCCGUAACUCUGUACGGCCCCGCGAGGCCCAGCGGCCAGUUGAAAACGGUGGAUCUUCCCCAGUGAGCAAUAUGGGCUAACCGAAAUGCUACUAAUUUAGUAGUACAGCGUGCCUUGAUUUGCUACCACUUAGAGUAUGGGAAAAGAAGCACGGUAUGGUGGGAUAUAUGUGUGUAUGUGUGUAUGUGUCUAUAUGUGUGUGUUCAACACAAAAGCCCUGUCCCUCCCCUCCCGGGCAUGGAGGAGAACGGGAGUCCUCUUGACGGUCCGUUGCGUGGGACGAGUGGCGGCUGUGAGCAGAUGCGAGUGCCUGCCACACGACCAGUGUUUCUCUCCUUAGCUGCACAUGCCCUCUAUUCCAACCUGGGAGAUUUAGGACUGGUCUGGUUUAUUUCCCUGAGACGGAAGAAGGCCAAACUUCAAAGAAGAGGGCACACAAAUGACUGCACGACUUAGAAGCACAAACUCUCUGAGCCUUGGGGCAUCUGGGAGCAGGUCUUGGAUCUAAUGAUACAUGUAUAUGUAUAUAUAUAUUAUUUUUCCCCCAGUCUGUGCUUGUGUUCACUGCAAUGAUAAUGGUGGUUGAUUUUUUUAAAGGUAGGAGUGAGUGCACCUAUGCACAUGCAGAAUUUUUACAUUGAUGUGUGUGUAUAUAUAUAUACACACAUCAAUGAAGUACUUGGGUAUUUCUGUGGCUUAAGGACAUUGUACCAAAUGUGACACGUAUGUACAUAACAUGUCCAUGAUUUCAGGCACCACAUGUUUGCCUGAUGUGGAAACUAGCGCAAAGCAGCAUGUGCGUCGGGCUCGGUUGUAACAAAAAAAAUUUUUGCACUACAUACACUUUAAUUACUUGAUAUACGGCAUUUUAAUCGUUCACUGAAGAGCAUCGGUGUACUGGGUGUGCUGGUUUAUUUAAUUGUUCGCCAUGCGCAAAGCUUAUUUAUACCGUGGGGAAGGAAACCCACCUUUUCUGCACUAAUAUUUACUUGACAUGCUGAAGCGACUCAUUUUCUGCCAUGCCUGGUUAACAUACUUGUGGUUUUAUACACAUACAAAUACACACACAGACACAGAGAGACACAAUUUUCCAGAAGGAAAAACGAAAGUCAUGUGAAUUCCUAUAAAUUACGGUUUGAUGCCAUUCCCCCAUACAUACAUACCAACACACAUUUUGUACUUAAAUCUUACUCGAACCUGUAAUUGUGAAUACUGCUGCCUCACUUUUGCAAUGGUAUGUAUAUCAGAUGAGUAUUUCUUGUGUCCUUUUCCUAGAAAGAAGCCUAAGUUGGCGUUGAAGUAUAUACACUUGAAGUAUAUUGUUCAACGCCAACUUAGGCUUCUUUCUAGGAAAAGGAUAUUGAAGUGACAUUGAAGGAAAUGGCCUUAACGUAAGACAUGCCUGCACGUCUUGGCAGGAAUGAGGGGCUGGAACUAAAACAGCCUCAACCUCUUUGGGCCGCAGAUCGGUUUUUAGCACCUCGCUCAGGGUUUGCAAGAGGACACCUUUCCCUCGAAACAAGCAACAAAGCAAAUUAGCCUCAAUUUCCCUUCUUCCUCUCAAUUUCACAGCGAGUUUUAGUCCUUUUCUGAGAGAAAGUGCCUCAGCUCUUGCCUCCGCUGCUCUUUGUUUCUCUUUGCCUCUGGGUUGCCUCCUUUGUCUCCUUCUCCUAUGGAAGAAAAAAUCGACAAUUUCACUCACUUGUGAAGGAGAAACUUCAGACUGGGUUGCUGUGAAUUUUCCGGGCUCUGUGUCCAUAUUCCAGAAGCAUUCUCUCUUCUCUGAUCUGUAAACCAAGGCCUGUGUAGAUUUCCGUAUCUCCAGGUGCUUCGACAUCACUAAAUUCCCGGCUCAAGUCUUUCUUAUCUAAUUAAUGUCUCUGGCUGCUUGGCCUGACCUUGAAGACCUACACUUUCACAGUCGGCUUUCUCCCACAACGAAGCAUCAGAAGCCUCAUUCUCUUGGCUUAAAUCUUCCUCACUUCAUGUGAGGAAAUCCCACAGGCAAUCCCACAAUCCUCUCUAAAACAUCAGACCAGUCUCAGUCUGAUCGACAACAGACGUCAUCAUUAUGUUUACAAGCAGGCAAUGAGGAAUUCCCAUCGCAUGUUAAAUGUUAGGUUUUUACCCAUCUCUACGCAGGGAAUUUUAAAUGAAGUCUGGGUUGGUGUGAGUUUUCUGGGCUGUAUGGCCAUGGUCCAGAAGCAUUCUCUCCUGACGUUUUGUCCACAUCUAUGGCAGACAUCCUCCGAGGUAUGAGCUCUGUUGGAAACUAGGCAAGUGGGGUUUAUAUAUCUAUGGGAUGAUGUCCAGGGUGGGAGAAAGAACUCUUGUCUGUUGGAGGCAAGUCUGAAUGUUUCAAUUGAUCAUUGUGAUUAGCAUUUAAUGGUCUUGUGGCUUCAAAGCCUAGUUGCUUCAAAGCCUAAUUAUCCUGUAUUUUUGUUUUAAUUGAUAUAUUGUAUUACUGUUUUGUCUUUUUAUAGUGUGAUUUGUAUUAUGUUGCCUAUAUUUUGUCCUAUGUUGUUUCGGCCUCUGCCAAAUGUAAGCUGCCCCAAGUCCCAGCGGGGAGAUGGUGGCGGGGUAUAAAUAAAGUUUUAUUAUUAAUAUUAUUGCUUCCUGCCUGGGGGAAUCCUUUGUUGGGAGUGUUACAUGGCCCUGAUUGUUUCAUGUCUGGAAUUCCCCUUUUUUCAGAAUAUUGUUCUUUAUUUACUGCCCUGAAAAAGUUCUUUCUCCCACCAUGGACAUUCCAUGCGUAUAUAAACCCCACUUUCCCAAUUUCCAACAGACCUCACACUUCUGAGGAUGCCUGCCAUAGAUGUGGGCGAAACGUCAGGAGAGAAUAUUUUUGGAACAUUAUCAUACAGCCCGGAAAACUCACAGCAACCCAGUGAUUACAACCAUGAAAGCAUUCGACAACACAUUAAAUGAAGUCGAUUGUCAAUCAACAUUGGAAUUUUUGGGGGAAAAACACACACUUUAGAAAUGGCAAAAUACGUGAAACCCACGGUAUGAGCUUGUGUUAUGUAAUGGGCUCUAUCAGUAGCUGUUUCUUAUAUGUGUAGAAAUUCUGAUUUAUUGCGUGUGAUGAAGUUAUUAGCUUCACCAUGAAGACGCACAAUAACUUCAUGGUGACGCCACAUUUCUCCUUCACGAACGAGGGAAAUGAGUAGUGGAGUUGGUUUGUUGUUGAAGGCUUUCAUGGCCAGGAUCACAGGGUUGUUGUAUAUUUUCCAGGCUGUAUGUCCAUGUUCUAGAAGUAUUCUCUCCUAACGUUUCACCCAUAUCUAUGGUAGGCAUCCUCAGAGGUUGUAAAGUCUGCUGGAAAGUAGGCAAGUGGGGUUUAUAUAUUUGUGAAAUGUCCAGGGUGGGAGUCUGUUGGAGGCAAGUGUGAAGUGUACCUCACAACCUCUGAGGAUUCCUGCCAUAGAUGUGGGCCAAACGUCAGGAGAGAAAACAUACAACAACCCAGUGGAGUUGGUGUUUUAUCCCGAGAAGACAACAGAGGCCACUCAGGUGCAAACAAAACGGAAGAGCAACGGAGGCAAGUUAGCGUCUUUGGUGCAUCGGGAAAAGAAGCGCAAAGAGGGAAAACACUUGACGGGGGGAAUGGCAGGUUUCAAUGGCUCCUCUGCUACAGCAAUGCGCAUGACCUCCCUCUCUAAGUAAGGCUUAGGUUCAGAGCCUCUGCAGACCACACCAAAUUCUAGUGAAGGCUACAUCCGUCCCGCGAGCCGCGUGUUGUGCAGGCCUGAUGUAAGGGAUGUUUUCGGGGAGACACCCAUGUACCUGAUGGGAUGUGCCCUGGGUUGUUAUAUACGACAGUUGAAUGAAAAGUAAUGCCUCCACCUUUGUAACUCCUCAACAGAUGGUAGUAAUGGUAUGUGGCAGGUCCUGGCUUGUUCAGUAGACACUCCUCUACAGUUCCAUUUGGCGGGAAGCCUUAGCAUUGAAUGGUUGUGUUGUUAAAGUGCAAAGUAUGGAACCCUGCGCAGACGGGGAAGCCUUAGCAUUGAAUGGUUGUGUUGUUAAAGUGCGAAGUAUGGAACCCUGUGCAGACGGGGAAGCCUUAGCAUUGAACGGUUGUGUUGUUAAAGUGCCAAGUAUGAAACCCUGUGCAGACGGUCGGUCAAUGCACUUAAACAACAUGCAGUCACUGAAUUCUUGACAUCAGAAGGUGUCACUCCAAAGAAGAAAGGCGUCACCUUCAUUCUCGUAAAGCGAGAGGAGUUCCUGGCAAAUUUCAUGUCUGUGUGCUUUCAUUUCAGGCAUCAUCACCCUGGAUACCCAUCAUACACAGAUCUUCCAAUAGCCAAGCAAAGCAAUAAUGUGACCCACACGUUGUUGUGAAAUGCCGAUGAUGCUUGUAAUUUCUCUUGGAGUGAUAUGACGAUCGUCCUGAAUCAAUCUGUCAACAUUUUGCUUGUGAAACUCAGUGUUGUUGUCAUAGGACGUCCAACUCUUUCUGUCACGCAAGUCAGAUGUUCCCACCUCAACAUCUUUAAACUUUCUCGCCCAACGACACACAGUACUCGCAUCAACACAAUCACCAUAAACCGCUUGCAUUUUCUGAUGAAUCUCCUUUGGGGUGGGACCUUCUGUUGUCAAGAAUUUAGUGAUUGCACGUUGCUUAAGUCGCAUUGACCAACCAUCUGCGCAGGGUUCCUUACUUUGCACUUUAACAACACAACCAUUCAAUGCUAAGGCUUCCCGGUCUGCGCAGGGUUCCAUACUUGGCACUUUAACAACACAAUCGUUCAAUGCUAAGGCUUCCCUGUCUGCGCAGGGUUCCAUACUUGGCACUUUAACAACACAACCGUUCAAUGCUAAGGCUUCCCGCCAAAUGGAACUGUAGAGGAGAGUCUACUGAACAAGCCAGUACUGGCCGCAGACCAGGACUGCCAUCUGUUGAGUUACGAAGGUGGAGGCAUUACUUUUCAUUCAACCCUCGUAUCAGGCAUGAGCAAACUUCAGCGCUCCUUCCAGGUGUUUUGGCUUUUAGGAAUUGUGGGAGUUGAAUUCUAAAACAUCUGGAGGGAGGGCCGAAGUUUGCCCAUGCCUGUUACACAUGUAGCACAUUUAGAGGAGAGUGAGGGAGAGAGAAACUGCCUCUUUUCUUACUCUUUUAUUUUAAUACAUCCAUGCCAAAAUGUUAGCCAAAGAGGUCCUUAAUCUAGUUUCAACAUUUCUGUACAUAAUGUCCUGAUCUGCCGCACACGGUCUCCCCUCCCGUCUGACGGGAUUUCAGCUGCUUUGAGUUAAAGAUGUCACUGCUCCGCGCUUCGUUCUUCCCAGGUAAAAUGAGCAACGCGCAGCUUUCUUAACCCGUCUUAUCGUUGGAAUAAAUAAUGUAUCUGUCUGUCUGUCUGCCUCAAUCCUCUUUGGAAUACAUCCCUUUUUGAAAAUAGUGGGAGAAAUAGAGAGAGAAAAGAGAAAUGUAUAAUUUCCCUUCAUUUUUUUAAUAUUUUGGUGUAGCGACUUGUGAUAUACAUAGAUAUAUAUAUAUAAUAGAUGACCUUUUUGUGGGUUUUGCAAAAACAACAUGUGUGUACAAAUUUUUGUAAAUACAUAAAAAAAACCUUUUUGGGUAAUUUUAACACUGUAUACAGUAUAACCUUGUAUAGUUUAUCAAGAAAUGAGGGAUGGGCGGUUUUCGAGUUGCCAAGUACAAAGUUUUGAAUCCUGGACCAGUAUCAGGGAUGGAUGUGGCGCGUGGGAAUUGGGUGCGUUGUUGUGUGCAUUGGUGAGUCUGCGUGACCUCUUUUUGGCCAUUUAGUCUUCCUGUCUACUGUGACAUUCUGUCCUCUUUCACUUAAGAGUCAAAAUAAAGGAAAACGGAAUGGAUAUUGGGGUGGGUGGAGGAACUGGAUGGUUUCCCUUUCUUCAUAAUGUGUUGUUUUUCCAACGAUCAUUGCUUGCUGAGAAAAUUUCCCUCCCAAGACUCUUUGUUUCUUCUCUUUCUGAUACAAAUCCUGUUUUUCAUAACUUUCCUGUAAAUUGUAUGAAAUGCCUCAGUAGCAUGUACAUUGAAAGGACAAAUAAAACAAAGCUCAGUUGCUGUGUUGUUAUAAUACAGUGGCUGGGUGUGUGUAUUUUGCAA